UUUAGCUCGAUUUAGGGGUCGCGUCAGUUAGGUAGACAGGAGCCCAAUCUACAAACUCCGCACACUCUGGCGCAGUGAUGACAUAAUGUUUUUAUGACGAUUCCAUGUUUGAAGUCAAAUGUGCACCGAGAUCAUAACAGGUCCUUGCAUAACGGAGACUGAAGUAUUUUUGAAUUUGUCAGUUAGAUCUAAGAAACGACUGGACGACUUUGUUUCAAGAGAAGAGAGACCAUAUGAUGUGUGACCUUGAAGAACUUAAAGAAGGUCAUGCAGAACUUGCAGCUCAGUCAGGAAUCCCCCCACCUGCCCCUCCUUGGCUUGAUGUUGAAAAGUUUAACAGGGGCAGAAAAUUCUUUCAGGAAUAUUUCUACAGCAAUUUCCUCGCAAUGUUUACAUCUCUUGUCGGUGGUUUGAGUGUCAUAAAUCUCCUGGAACCUCUUGUUUUCACUAAAGCCUCGGAUGAUCCCAAGAAAUCCUGGAAAAGGUACUUCAGCACAUUUCGCCAUGUCACAUGUUGGCACUAUGGAAAUGUCUGGGAUAAUGAAAGUGAUGCAUAUCGGUCUGUUGUUGAUGUCAGGAAGAUUCAUAACAAAGUUGCGACGCAGAUGAACAGUUCGCAGCAGCCUGAAAGACUGUAUUUCUCCCAGUACGACAUGGCAUUGGUGCAGUGUGGAUUCAUGGGAUGCAUCGUCCUUUACCCAGAAUACUUUGGAGUUCCUUUCCAUCAAGCACAGAUUGAUGACUAUGUAUAUUUCUGGAAAGGAAUGGGAUACUUGCUGGGUAUGUCUGACAGAUAUAACAUAUGUAAUGACGGCUAUAGUAGUGCCUGGGAAAAGUGCAAAGCUAUCGAACAGGAAGUUCUUAUCCCUGCUUUGAAAAAGCCACCCAAGGACUUCCUUCGAAUGGUGGAGGCAUUCAUAGGAGGAGCUAACCUCAUGUGGAAAUUCAAACUGUUGUCCUUUGAGUCUGUCCUAGCAUUUGGUCUGGAGGCUAUGGGAGAACCAAGGCCCAAGCUAGGCCUAACUGACACUUUAAGGCUUUAUUUCCAGAAGAUGAUGGUGGUGUUAGUGCGUCAUUGUUCUUUCUUUCGAAGGCAGAUAAACAGAAAUAUGGAAAUGAUGAUGGGAUGUUCAAAAAUGAAAUGAUGUCCAUUUAUAUGUAUUAAAAUAUUUGACAGAAAACAUCUUUUAUGUCGAUAUGAAAAUUUUAUUCUUCUAAAAGGCUGUGAAAACUGUUCCUAUGUUAUAUAUUUGUGUCACCAUGACAGAAGGUCACCAUGUACGACUGUGAAGCUGAUUCUUUUCAAGGAUGAUUGCAGUUAUCAUGCAUAUAAUAAAUACCAAACCCAUAGUUGAUGUACAUUUUUAUUUUGUAGAUACAUCACGUUUAUUCCAUUCCUGUAGGUGUACACAGCGGUGCUGUCCCUUGAGCACACCAGAAACAAUGUUCGUGGGAUCGAAACCUGGUUUCCCUGAUUAUAUUUCUAGGUUUGUCAGCACCAUACCAAUGCUCGUGUGUUUUGUCAUAACGACUGAUUUACGACACCCAUUGUCUGAAGAAUGUUUAAUUGCAAAGGCUCAUUACCCUGGAGCCAUGACAUCAAUAUGCCUUGA